AUGGGGUUCCCAACCUUUGUCCCUGGCAGUGCAGAGUCGUGCUAUCAGAGCAGUGCAGUCUUCCUGGGCACGCUGAGGCUGCUGGAUUGGAAUGUGAAGGAGAAUCGCAGCAAUUCCAAGGGCUGCAGUGUCACCGCCCCUCUGACCUCCUCUUCUCACUGGCCACGUGGGGAGAAGGCGGUCUCAGGGUGCUUGCUCAGGCUGGCUGGCUGCUGUGCCCGGACACCUCGGGACCCCCAGGGUUCAAGCGCAAUCAGCAGUUCCCCUCUGUCCGCCGACGACGGGCGGCCUGUCCUGGCGCACCCGAGCCUCACCCACCGGUCCCUGCUAGGGUCGGCCUGCAGGUGCGUGGGGGCCCCGCCCCGUCCAGCCGCCCCCAGUUCUAGGGCACAAAGCUUCCCUUUUCAGCCCCCCAGGGGUUCAUCUGAUUCUAAGCCAGACUUGGACACCAGUGCCGCCCUGCACGGAGGUCCUGCUGUCACCGGGGCCCUGGCCGUGGGCUCGGUGCACGGGAGAGGGUCUCACUGGGGAAAGGUGCCGGGCCUGGCGCGCCCCGCAGCCCUCCUUCCUGCUGCACCGCGAACCCUCCGAAUCCCCGCGCGAGCCGCGGAAAUAGCGCCCUCGUGUGACCGCAGCGCGACAACCGGGCUCGGACACCUUUCACGCCACUCUCGGGACCAUGGAUGCUUUUGCCUUUUGCCUGUCGUCGCCUUUCUUCCUCUAAGUCACAUUGGCCUACAGAUGGCCUCGGUUGGCAGCGGCCUAUUAAAACACAGUGACGCGGACGCCGCCGACGGCGCGGGGACACGGCAGACGGCGUGGGGACGUGAGGGCGGUGGACAACAAGAAGAGGUCAGAGGAAGACCAGCAGGGCCAAGCGCCCUGCAGUCCAAGGCAGGCCUGGGGACAGUUCCCUGUGCAACCUCGGGACCCGAGCAGGAGGAAAGCCUCAGGUGUGUAUUUAGCACCUCCUUCAGGCCAACCAGCCCGCAGUGCCAGUGCGGUCCCGUGUGCUGAUACGCUGACAAAUUCUCCCUCCUUCUCACGGAGGAAGUACCAUGUUAUGGUGGGAAAUGUCCCCAAGGCAUCUAGGUGACAGAUUUCCUACAGUUCUUUAUUAAGUGACCUUCCGUGAGGCUGAUGGCAGGCGCCAGAGACAAUACAGUAAAAGUACAUCCAAACAAGGGGCCACGCCGUGCGUCCCCAGGAGGCAGCUCCUGCUCUGCCACACUCCAUGGGGAAAAUUUAGCACUGCUUAAAACACAAACAAAAAACCCCACCAGCACCCAGCGCCUCAUGUUCUUAGGAAACUCAUCACAGGCAUUGUUUCUCCUAACUGGGCUUUUGAUGAAACUGAGCACGGCAGAACGUGAUUUGUAAUCUCUCAAAAGAAGCUAUGCAGUUGAUAAAAACGAAGGUUUUCAUGUCUGAUACUUAAAAGAGAAAAGAAUAAAGUCUUUUUAGGAGACAGAAGAUUUCAAUCCAACAGGGGACCCACAGGCCCACUUCAUCUGGCCAAGGGUGGUGCAGGGAGGCCCCGGGAGCAGGCUGACCCCAGGCUCCUGGCUCCUGCACCCUCCUCCCUGCCCCCCAGUAGCUGGGACUCUCAGCUGUGCUGCCAGAGCCAGUUCCAAAUAUAUUUAGAAAGCCGUUUGGGCCUCAUUUGUGACAGAAGAAGGGACCUUCAAAGGGUUCUCAAAUGGUGGUGUACACGGGAGGACCUGGUGCUUGUUGGGAAUAGAGUUCAGUGGAUUUCAAAUCCAGUGUCCUAGCCCCGGCCAAAGAGUCUGCAUUCUAAACAAUUACUGAAGAAGUAAUUGGGAAUGGGGACCCUGCCUUAAAGCAGGGUUCUCAUCAUUCUAGCUGAGAAAAAAUACUCAGAAUAGAUGCUCAUGACUGCUCACUUGGACAAAGUUACCUCAAAGAUGAACACCUUGAUUGAUGAUAAUUUAAACUGCAGUUUCUUGGUACAUCUUGUAGGACAAAUUAGUUAGACUCCUGAGGCGCGAGAGACUGCAUGCGUGGCGCACGGUGUGGAAUUCCUGCCACGAGUCAAUCCAUGGUGGGGGUCUGCCAACUCUGACUUAGUCCUAGAGUAGGUGAGUGAACCAUGAGAUCAGGUGGAUUAGGUCUGGCUACAGGUGGCAGGGUAAUCACAGGUAAACCACACAGAAGCUCUCUCUCUCUUGCAGAAGCAAGGCCAGAGGCUGGCAGUGCUGAGCGGCGUGUGCCUCUGGCAGCAGGGCCCAGGUUGCCUCUGUCGCUCUGAGCUUCAGGAUAUAGCUUCCCCUUCAUGCCCAAGAGGGUUGCUGGAGCACCCACCAUCACUCCACAUGGCAGCUAGUGGGAAGGAAGGGCGUUUCCCAGGCUUGUACUCAGGACUUCUGCUUACCUUUCACUAAUUAGAACAUAUUCUCACAGCCAUAUCUAGCUGCAAGAAGUUGGGGCCAGGGGUUGACUGGCCAGAUACCCAGCUAAGCAUAGAGGCUGAUCAAAAAGGGAAAGGGGAAAUAGUGGAGGGACACCUGACGGUCUGCCAUGGCCAUCAGUAACAGAUUAGGACACCUAGGGGCAUCACCAAAGCCACCUGAUGUCCUUCAGGACAACCCCUCUCCAACCUCAGUAGCAGAUAUGCCAGUGUCACCCUUGUCUGAGAGCAGUGCUCUGGCAAGCCACACGCCACAGUCAGCUCUUCCACGUGGACCGUUCUGGAAACCUCAUGUCACCAGGCUGUCGCGAGCAACCAGGCAACAUGGAAGGGUAAGCACUACGGGUCCCCUCCCAGGGCAGCGCCUCCCCCAGGCCCACCCCCAGGCCCGCCUGCUUAGUGUCUCAGGUGUCUUUCCAAACAAGACCUGGUCCCUCUCAGAGGUGUGCUGGGCCGGGGAGACUCCAGGCCUUCCCACUCCUGCUCUGCCCUUGACGCCAGCCAGCGGGUGUCACUGCUACCCACCACAAGGAAAGGUGCAGGGAAUCAAAGGUCACAAAGGUCGAAGAGCUCACGGGGCUUGAACACGGGGAAGCCUUCUCCCAGUGAUGUGUGACUGCGAUGUUUAUGCAGCAUCUUAACAGGAAAACUGGGCAUCCACCACCAGUGAACAGUUUAUCACCAACACCUCCCAACCAUGCACGUCCCUCAGCCUUGCCCCAGAGUUCAACUCAUCCUGAAUUGUAUGCCUUAGUUCAUUUUUUAAACAGUAUCACUACUGGUGUAUAGGUGCAUAAACUAUAUAUUGCUAUGGC